AUGUUCACCGGCCUCAGGGCUCAAAACCAUUUCGGUCGCCCAAAUUUCGAUGCAUUCUUCUCCUACAUCCAGAGUGUUCAUAACGAGGUGUCCGACAUUGGAGUGUUCAGUUGCGGUCCGUCGAAGCUCAAUGGCCAAAUCAGCUCUGCUUGUGCUCGAGCAAAUCGAGCUCUUGGCGCGCCGUCAUUUAUGCACCGAUUCGAGACUUUCUAA